AUGCCACAACCAUAUGCCGCCUCCACCAACCCGAGCAACGGUGCUUCCAUGAGCCAUCACCACUCUUAUUCUCAAUCCCAAUCCCAGUUUCACGUCCAAGGCCAGACGGCGCUUUCACCACCGCCCGCCGCCCACAGUCUCCCCUACAAUUACCCGCCGCGCGCGACAUCUGUCGCAACAGGUCAUUACCCACCAGCCAAUGUAGGCUCCGCCAGGGCCGACUCCAUACCGUAUCACUCUUCGAGGUCGAACACUCCCAUCAACUUUUCGCAAAAGGGCCCAGCUGCCAAUUACCAUUACAACCGGAAUCGAAGCGGCACCGCCAACAGUGCCAGCAGUAGCAGUGGUGGUGGUGCAUUUACUACGACCACUAACGGGACCAGCAGUACUGCGGCUGGAUUUCGGGCAGAAGUUGCGGGAUCUAGAUUUCAGUCCAGCUUAAGGAGGCCGGGCGAUCCCACCAUCAGGGAACAGGUACCGCGCCCGCAGGAAAGUCUAUCUGAGCCUGCUCGUUUCGCCGACGAGACACCUUCGUCGCCAUCCUUUUUUGCGGGAACCUUACCGCGGACCUCGUCGCUCCUCCCGCCCCCGCGCAUUGUUGGAACGAACCUCGCCCCUGUCAAGUUCAAUGCCGUCGUCUUCGAUCCCAACUCUCCUCCGGAUCCUCUAACCAACCCCCAACCGCUACAUUCAAGAGGGGGCAGCACAGGGGGAGUAAGUGGUGUCAGCGAUAGCUUCCGCAAUCUCAAUCGCUGGUCCGCCUCAACCACCUCCAGUCGCGCGUCCCAUUCAGUCGAACCACAUCUACCGGCGCAGCCACCCUUGAAAGUAACCACAAACUUCUCCCGCCGCAUGAGCGUGGACUCGAUCGGCAUCUUGAACCAGGCCAUCGAAUCACCACCGGCAACAUACAAUUCUCCUCGAAGAUUAACCAAGCGACGACCUUCGGCCACCAGCAUCACGUCCGCUUCCCCGCGUGCGGCUUCGAGCGCGAGCAACCGACGACCGUCUUCACCUGCGCUUGCGGCGCCGAAUCUACCGCCCAUAGUCACUUUGCCGUCGCUUGAACUAUCGACCGCGUCUCUCGCAAACCUGACUUCGCAGCCACUGGAGCAGGAUCGGCCGAGCGCAACGACAGACACGCCUAGCUCGAUCUUUUCAGGCGACUUGAGCGGCGAACUACGAAGUCAACGGCUAAACCGGGAUGAGCAGACUGAUCCAGACUCAUCUACAUAUACCACUUCUCAGACCAGAACAAUACUAGCCGCAGCAAGAUUAAGGGAAGCAAUGCCUGAGCGAAGGGGGCACUCGAGGAGUCGGUCCUCGACGCUGCAAAGCAGUUCCGACUCCGGGGGGAGAGCGAAGAAACACCCGUCGCAGAAAGCAAUGCUGUCCAAGGCACUUGCCAAGGCAAAUACCGCUGUUCAACUCGACAAUGCACAAAAUUUCGAAGGUGCACGCAUCUCGUACAUAGAAGCAUGUGAUCUCUUGGCGCACGUCCUUGCCAGGACGACUGGGGAUGAAGAUAAAAAGAAGCUAGAGGCCAUUCGGCGGACUUAUACCAGCAGGAUAGAGGAGCUGGACGGCAUGGUUCAUGUUCAAGUUCAAAUGGAAAGCAAAGCACUCCCUGCAAGACCUGAAAGUAUAUCCUAUAAUGGAGUCGAGAUCACUACUGCCGACAGCGACGAAGAAGACCUCUCUCCGACAGCAUCACGAAAGCCUGCGCCAGAUUAUUUGGGCUCGGGACGAUUUGGAGGAUCUUCGACCAAUCUGGCCGUGGAUUCUGUACAGGGUCCCCCUACGUCCUCCUUCUCCUCGAGAUCGCCAAUGCGCCGCAAUUUUGAAGGCUCGCUCACAAUACCGCAAGGCCAACUCAUGCCGGCGCCAUUAUCUCCUCGUCGCCCUGCCUCACCAGCUAAACCAAGGACACCGGAACCUGAGGAGGUAUCCAGGCAGGACUUCUUCGCCUCUAGUGAUCGGUUGAGCGCAGAGAACGUCAAUGGCCACAACCGGAAUCCCAGCCACGAAUCUGUAUCGUGGUUAGAUCCAAUCGACGAAUCCGAUGGCUCGGAAGCGUCUUCAGUGCACUCUAGGAGCUCUUCUUUCGGUGUUCGGCGCAAGCACAUUCGCGCCAUCAGUGGUGACACAGAGGCUGAAUUUGAUGCUGCUCUAGAUGCUGCCGUUGAAGCUGCGUACGAUGAUGGGUUUGAUCCUCUUGACGUAUAUGACGAACCACCGGAAGAAGACGUGGUGGCGAACGCGAUGCGCCGGGUUGAGAUUGCAAAGGAACGGGUGCGUCAGACCGAGAGAGAAGCACUGUCAGAACGCGAGGCCAUCAUUCAAGCAGCGCACGAACGAGAGAGACAAAGACAAUUGUCUAUUGCAGAGCAUGGCGACCCGCAAGCAUACAAUGGCCACUUCUUUGACGGCAGCGAUUCCGACGAGGAUGAGCGCAUGCUUGAGGACCUGACCAGAGACUAUGCGCUCAACAACUUUUCUUUCAAUCAGCAGGGCUCAAAACAGGUGGAUGCUACCUCGAGGGAACGCAAGUCGGAUUCGAGCGGCCUCACGCAAAGAACAUAUCACAGUUCUGUUGGUUCAAGCCCACCCACAGCCAACACGGUAUUGUCGUCCGUUGCUGAAUUGCCAAAUUAUAAGCCUCCUCCGCCGUCACUCCCACCGCCGCCACAAGCUUUGCCUCAAAUCCCAUCACAGUCGCCAGGUGGGUCGAGCGUUAGAAAUCGAAGGCUGUCAGGACAGAAUGCGAAACAGCUCAAGAUCGAGACUGCCAAGCUUGUUCAAGCUACCAGCGGCGCUUCCACAGCUACGAUUCCCGUGAAGCCAGGAAACUUUGCCGCGCAAUCAAGGCAAGCAAUGUCAGCAACGGCUACAAAGCCAGGUCCCUUUUCCAUGCGCAGUCCAGAUUCUCCGCGAAGAGGCGCCAGUCCCGCCCCGCCGAUGAUGGCGCCACCAACGCCGCCGCAAAACCCGCCGCAUACCGAGGAUCCCAAUGAUUUCCGUACUGGUUCCCCCAUGUCUUUUGGUGGCCCAUUGCGCAAGAAUCAGUCUUCCUCAAGCCUCAAGUCGCUCAAGGCCCGGCAGAUGUCGGUUCCGAAUCUGGAGAGCCCGUCUGAUUUGUACCCACUUGCUCCCCUCAGCCAAACAAUGACAAACUCUUCCAUUUCUCGGCAACCGGCAGUGCCCGCACUCCCAACGCCAUUAGCAAUGACUUUCGGCAGCAAAGCGGCUGGUGGUUUUGGUGGAAUGUUUCUUUUUGAUUCCGAUUUCCAUGCUGAGCGGCCUCAGUCACCAAAUUCCAUCCAGUCCCCCAAUCCGGAUAUUCCAUUGCCACUCGAGCCAUGCCCUUCUGAUGUGAUGCUACGGCCCUUUUGGCUUAUGCGAGCUUUAUAUCAGACUCUUGCGCACCCCCGCGGUGGAUACGUCACCACUCGUAUGUUUGUGCCUCAUGAAGUAUGGAAAGUCAAGGGCGUCAAACUGCGGAACUUGGAAGACAAGUCUUCCCAGUGUGACUUUCUCACCGCUGCUCUGCUCAAUCUAGCAAGGGUCGACAGCAACGAUGCCGAUGCCGUGUUGGAGGAAAUGCAAAGUUUGGAGACUGUGCUUGAACAAGUACAGCAAACGUUGAGCCGGAAAUUGGGAAAUGAAGUUGGGACGCAAAGCGCGGGUGCCUUCCGAGACCGAGAAGACAGUGAGCCUGCCCCGCCAGUGCCGAGAAGUACAAGCGUCAGCGGUAAAGCAGCGGCCUUCAGCUGGCGCAGACUGAGGAGCAAGGGAUCGGCAGCGAAUCUCACGAGCGCCUACGGCAAUAAGAGCACGAGUGGCGGCGGCGAGAGAAUUCCGGAAAAGGAGGCUUUGGGCGUAGGAUCUGGCACAAUGCCCACCCUGCCCAUGGUUCCUCACCCUAGUAGCCGACCAGCCAAGCGUGAUGUCUUGUCUCUGAAGUUUGACGGUCCUUAUGCCGGCUAUAUGCAGAGUCUUGCGCGACUGUUUGAUGCUGCGCAAACAGUUGAUCUCAUUGCGCGCCAGGUCGAUGAUCCAGGACUACGACAUGCCGACAAGACACAAGUCGGUCUCGAACUUUGCACAAGACAUGCAGCAGAGUUUUUCAGCUUCUAUAUUUGCCGCUUCGUGCUUGCAGACUUGGGCUUGUUGCUUGACAAAUUUGUCAAGCGAGGCACCGAAUGGGUGCUCAUGUAA